CGUAAAGAAUUUGAACUAUGCUAGUCGAAGAUAUAUCAGACUAUGGCGUUCUUUGUAAAUUUCAACCCAAUGAAUAUGACUGUGAAAAGAAAGGCCGGUACCCCACAUAUGGAUUUUACUACGACAUAAAAAUGGAAGAUUGUAAAACGGCGCAGUUCGGUACUUGUCCGCAUAACGUUAAUAAUUUCAAAACAUUAUCGAUUUGUCAGGAUACUUGCCGUGAUGCAGGACAAGAAACUAUUAAGAGGAAUUUAAGUGCAGAUAUUUUUUGUCGUCUACAGCCUGAUUUUGGAAAUUGCAACGAUUACUACCCCAUGUGGUAUUUUGACAUGUCUCAACACGCGUGCAAGGGGUUUUCGUUCAGCGGUUGCGGCGGAAAUGCGAAUAGAUUCCACACAGCUCAGAUCUGCACUGCGAAAUGUGCAGCCGUGCUCGCAUAUUAAUUAAGAAACA